AUGGAUAAAGUAUUUGUAUCAUCAAUAUCACGCUCGCAAAGUGGGAGUAUCAGAAGAAGAGAUGUCACCGGUAGUAGUAGAGUUGACAUUGAUGAAGAUUCAUCAGCCACAACAGUUGAAGGAUACACCAGCGAUAUAGAUGAGAUUAUAGAGAAGACUUCAAAGUUGAAAAUAGAAAACGACAAUAAGCAGACGAUAUCUAAGCUUGCACGAAUCAUCAGUCCUUUAAUUUUAACUGCCCUCUCGGCAUUUGUACGAAUAUACCGUAUAGAAACGGCCAAUAAAGUUAUUUGGGAUGAAGCGCAUUUUGGAAAAUUUGCGUCCUAUUAUAUUAAACGGGAGUACUACUUCGAUGUGCAUCCUCCAUUAGGGAAGCUUUUACUUGGUCUCUCUGGGUACUUGGCAGGCUAUGAUGGGAGCUUCAAGUUUGAAAGUGGAGAGGAAUACCCGGAGACCAUGAAUUUCAUCUUUAUGAGAAUAUUUAGCUGUUUCUUUGGAAUACUAGUAACUCCUAUUGCGUACAAGACGGCACUUGAAAUGGGGUACAAUCAAUGGACUUGUUGGCUUAUCUCAUUAAUGGUUAUUUUUGAGCAGUUAUCAUUAACUUUAUCGAAAUUCAUCUUACUCGACUCAAUGCUAUUAUUUUUCACUGCCUUCACCUUUCUAUGUUUGAUGAACUUACACAAUAUAAUUAGAACUAAUUCCGAGCUAUCUAAAAAUGGGUUCAAAUGGUUUACAUUGACCGGGUUACUGAUUGGCUGUGUAUGUUCCGUGAAAUGGGUAGGAUUAUUUGUGACAGUACUCGUUGGGUUGUAUAUUAUUCAAGAUUUAUUGACAAAAUAUUUCUUGCUCACUUCAAAGCGUGGCAUCAGCUGGUCAAGAUAUUUGAGUCAUUGGGUCUUGAGAGUCACGACCUUGAUAGUUAUCCCAGUUGCUGUAUAUAUGCUGGCGUUCAAAGUUCAUUUCUUAGUCUUGAAUCAUACAGGGCCAGGCGAUGGAUCAAUAUCUUCGUUAUUGCAAGCUUCAUUGAUUGGAAACGAUUUGCAAUCAGGACCAAGAUCAGUCGCGUUUGGCUCAUUAGUAACAAUAAGGUCUCAAGGACUAUCUCCGAACUUGUUACAUUCCCAUUCCCAUGAUUACCCAGAGGGUUCUAAGGAACAACAAGUUACAACUUAUGGAUUUAAAGACGACAAUAACGAUUUCAUUAUAGAGUAUCCUAAGAAGAAUCUAGACAUGAACCAACAAAGUGAGCAAUUUAUUCAGAAUGCAGAUUUUAUUAGACUUUGUCAUAACAAGACAAAGUGCUGCUUACGUGCUCAUUCAAUUGGUGCUCCAAUGAGUAAAAACCACUUUGAAGUUUCAUGUUCCAACGAUGACAGUGCUGAUCAAUCAAACUACGAUUGGAUUCUCGAAAUUCAGUCUCAGGAGAUAUCACCUUCGCCUCAUUUCCAAAACGAAAGCAAAACAGAACUACACCCCCUCUCGACAAAUUUUAGAUUGAAACAUAGAAAACUUGGUUGCUAUUUAGCAACUACUGGGAGAUCUUAUCCAUCAUGGGGUUUUCAACAAGGCGAAGUUGUUUGUAAGAACUCAAUCUUUGACAAGGACAAGAACACUUGGUGGAAUGUGGAGAAGCAUGAAAACAGAUUAUUGCGGCUACCUACAGAGCCUUACUCCUCUCCCAAACCCAAAUUCUGGAAGGAGUUUGUGCUUUUGAAUUAUGGAAUGAUGGCCUCGAACAACGCAUUGGUGCCAGACCCUGAUAAAUUCGACAAAAUAAGCUCAGAAUGGUGGGAAUGGCCAAUUUUGAGAACGGGGUUGAGAAUGAGUGGGUGGGGCGAAAACGAUGUCAAAUACUUUUUGAUGGGUAAUCCUUUUGUCACUUGGCUGUCGACAGCAGCAGCAACAGUAUUUGUGAUACCCUACACCCUAUAUUUCAUGUUUCGUUACAAGAGACAACAAAUGGACUCGGCAAAAACCAAGAUUAAUGACUACGUUACCAAAUUGUUACUCCCCUUCGCAGCGUGGAUAUUGCAUGUUUUGCCGUUUAUUCUAAUGGGCAGAGUAAAGUAUUUGCACCACUAUGUGCCAGCCCUAUAUUUUGCUAUACUUUUGAGUGGAUUCGUAUUUGAUAAACUACUCACAAACAGAAAGCUUCCUUGCAUAGUAUCACACAUAUCUUAUUUGGGCUUAUAUUUCAUUACCGUCUACGCAUUCUGGUUCCUAAAAGAUCUUGCUCUUGGAAUGGAAACCUCAGCAAAAAACUUUCAACACUUACGCAUCCUUGGCUCCUGGAUGAUUUGA